CUCUCGCGGUAUUUCCUCACUUCCUCCUCUUUUACUCCCUGUGUUCAACAUGGCAGUCGGCAAGAAUAAGAGGCUGACCAAAGGUGGCAAAAAAGGUGCCAAAAAGAAGAUUGUGGAUCCUUUCUCCAAGAAGGAUUGGUAUGAUGUCAAGGCACCAGCCAUGUUCAACAUCCGCAACCUGGGCAAGACCUUGGUCACCAGGACUCAGGGAACCAGAAUUGCCUCUGAUGGUCUGAAGGGACGUGUGUUUGAGGUCAGUCUGGCUGAUCUGCAGAACGAUGAGGUGGCCUUCCGCAAGUUUAAGCUGGUCACAGAAGACGUGCAGGGCAAGAACUGCCUCACCAACUUCCACGGCAUGGACCUCACUCGUGACAAGAUGUGCUCCAUGGUCAAGAAGUGGCAGACAAUGAUUGAGGCCCACGUUGAUGUGAAGACCACUGAUGGAUAUCUCCUCCGCCUUUUCUGCGUGGGUUUUACCAAGAAGCGCACCAACCAGAUCAGAAAAACCUCCUAUGCACAGCACCAGCAAGUCCGUCAGAUCCGCAAGAAGAUGAUGGAAAUCAUGACCCGUGAGGUCCAGACCAAUGACCUCAAGGAGGUGGUCAACAAGCUGAUUCCUGACAGUGUUGGCAAGGACAUUGAAAAGGCCUGCCAAUCCAUCUAUCCUCUUCAUGAUGUCUAUGUCAGGAAGGUUAAGAUGCUGAAAAAGCCCAAAUUUGAGCUUGGUAAGCUGAUGGAGCUGCAUGGUGAGGGUGGAUCCACCAGUGCUGCUGCUAAACCUGCAGAGGGCGACACUGGGGCCAAGGUGGAGAGAGCUGACGGAUAUGAGCCCCCCAUCCAGGAGUCUGUCUAAAACUCCCAACACAAACAGCUGGUGUCAAUAAACAUGUAAAUUUGA